CACGCCGUUCAGUUUUUUCGGAGGUCUUUUUUCGCAGCAUAAAAUUUAAAUUUGUUUAAAUUUCGCCAAGAUAAUCGUUCAGAAAGUAGUGCAGCAAGUGCAAAUCUCCACAAUCGUGAUGGACGAGGAGGAUCCGAACGUGCUUCCCGGGUUUUCCGUUGAAGAUGUCGACCUGGACUACGACGACGAUGAGGGAUCGAAAAAAGGCAAGAAAAAGAAGGGCGGAGGAUUCCAGGCCAUGGGCCUCAGCAUGCCGAUCCUGAAGGGAAUCCUCAAGAUGGGCUACAAAAUUCCGACUCCGAUCCAGCGUAAAGCUAUUCCUAUGAUUCUGGAGGGUCGCGACGUGGUCGCUAUGGCCAAAACCGGUUCUGGUAAGACCGGCUGCUUUCUGAUUCCGUUGUUUGAAAAGCUAAAGCAGCGGGAGAUCAGGUCCGGCGCGAGGGCAUUGAUUUUGACCCCGACCAGAGAGUUGGCGAUUCAGACGUUCAAGUUUAUCAAACAGUUGGGAAAGUUUUCCGAUUUGAAGACGAUUCUGGUGCUGGGAGGUGACUCGAUGGAUUCACAGUUUGCGGCGAUUCACACGCUGCCGGACAUCAUUGUGGCCACACCGGGACGAUUUUUGCAUCUGUGCGUGGAGAUGGACUUGAAGCUAUCGUCGAUGCAGUAUUGCGUGUUCGAUGAAGCGGAUCGGCUGUUCGAGAUGGGUUUCGGAGAACAGCUGACGGAGACGUUGCACAGAUUGCCGGAAGCGAGGCAAAUGGUACUGUUCAGUGCAACGCUGCCAAAGUUGAUGGUAGAAUUUGCCAAAGCGGGCCUGAGCGAUCCCACGCUGAUCCGGUUGGAUGUGGAAUCGAAAAUUCCGGAAGCGCUGGAUCUGAAGUUCAUCUACUGCAGGCCAGACGAGCGGUAUGCCACUUUGUUGGUUCUGCUUCGGGAGGUGAUUCCGAAGAAUGCCCAAAUCGUAAUUUUUGCCGGCACGCAACACCAUGUGGAGUUGAUUUCUUUGAUUUUAACAAGAACGGGAAUUUCCAACACGUUCGUUUUCUCCAGUCUGGAUGCUUCGGCUCGUAAGAUCAACACGGCCAAGUUUACGAUGAAGAAGGUGAAUAUUCUGGUGGUGACGGACAUUGCUGCUCGUGGUUUGGACAUUCCAUCGUUGGACUAUGUGGUAAACUUGCACUUUCCUGGCAAGCCGAAGCUGUUCAUUCAUCGAGUUGGUCGCUGUGCUCGAGCAGGGAGAAGCGGAACUGCUUACAACAUCUUUUCCAACGAUGAUAUCGCUCAUAUGAUUGAGUUGCAUAUGUUCCUGAGUCGGUCGAUGAACCUUAGCGAUGCUGGAUGUCUUGGAAUUGCUCCCCCAGAUCUGGUUGAAGCGGACCACCAGCUGGUGUUAGAGUACGUGAAGCACAUUGAUCUGGCUACGGCGUUCCGGGUCAGUAACAACGCCUACAAGCAGUACAUUGCGACCCGGCCGGCCGCAUCGGCGAGUGCCAACAAGAAAGCCAAGCAAUUCAAGAUCGGUGAGCUGCAAGUGCUGGAAGAUUUCGCAAAGGCCAUGGAGAAGGAGAAUGAAGACAAGACGGUUGACAAGCAAAAGAAGAAACAGAAAAAUGUCGACGCUAAGAAGAAGAAACCGACCGUGAACACAGAUGAAUUCCGAAGUAGCUUCCUGGCGCAAAUGAAGAACUAUCGGCCGCAUUCAACCAUUUUCGAACUGAACCCGAAGAACAACUCGAAACAGUUGGUGGUAAUGGCCGACAAGCGAGACAAGGAUUCUAUCAAGAUUGAAAACCACAAGCAAAAGCAGUUGGAACUAGAGCUAGAGGAACAGAAGAAGGCUACAACCGAGGAACAGGACAGCGAACUAGAUGGCCCCAAGAAGAAGAAACAUAAACCAAACAAGGACGAUGAGAACUAUAUCUCCUACAAGUCUAAGGAUCACGUCGAAGAGGAUGGCUACGCAAUCAACAGUUUCGCCAAGGAAGCCAAUACAGCUGAACUGUCGGUCAUAGGAGACACGGCUCAGGAUCAACGGUCCCACCAGCGAUUGCAAAAGUGGGACCGCAAAAAGAAGAAGAUGGUCAACGUGGUGAACCCCAAGGCAGGUAAAAUCCGAACAGAACACGGAGUUUGGAUUGCUGCUUCGUACAAAACCGGCCGGUAUGACAAGUGGAAGGACCGCACCAAGGUUGAUGAUCAGAUGACCCGAGAACACCAGGAUAGCGAUGCCAGCGACGGAGAGGAAGCCGUGUCUGUCCAGAAAAAUAGCUAUCCGCACACGCACUGGGGUCGGCACAACGCCAAGCUGGAUCAGAAAAAGAUGCGCGAUUUGGGUCUGAAGUCGGCGGAUCAAAUCGUGAAACAAAGGAUGCAGAAAGAGGCCAAACUGGCCAAAGAGAAGACCGCCCGGUUGCGUAACGUGUCGAAGAAGAAGAAGGCGCUCAGUAAGAAGAUGGCCAAGUCCAAGGGCAAAAAAUAAAGGUACGUAGGACGGUAGAUUUUGGUGGUUAAUAAUAUGUUCUAUUUGAAACACAA